GCUGUAGAUGAAGUUUUCAGUCACAGUGGGACGUUCACGGACUCACACUCAUCCACACACUUUUCCCCCCUUGUCUUCCUCUCUUCCAUUUUUCACUGAGAUGUUGCGAUGUUCCGUGCAGCCUUGCGAAACGCGGACUUGUUUUGGGUGAUUUUGUUUUGUGUGGUUUUUCUACCGGAGGCUGCCUGUGGAUCAGCCGAUGCGGACAGCUGUCAUGAGGUGAAGACAGCCUACAUGAUGCGCCAGAUAGGCCCGGUGGAGCUGGUGCCAGACACACCGGGAACAGAUGAGUCUCUGCGUAUUUGUGUCCACCCUGGGCCCAGCUGCUGUACCAGUAAGAUGGAGGACAGCUACAUGAUGGCGGUCCGCAGUGAGACGCAGCAGAAGAUGCGAUCCUACAGCUUUGAACUCAAAUACCUGAUAGCUGGACACACCAAGGCCUACCAAGAGACCUUUGAGUCCCUGGUGUCCUUCACGUCCAAUCUGACCAGUACUCUUUUCGACAGUGCCUACUCUGCCCUGGCGUCCGACUGUCGCCCCCUUGUCUUUCAGCUGUUUAGCGACAUUAAACGCCACCUUUCUGGAGAUGCUAAUUCUUCAUUGGACAAAACUGUGCGACGGUUCUACAACGAUCUUUUCCCACUGGUUUAUCGUCGUCUGCUCAAUCCUGGGUUCGGCCACAUGUCUCCCCAGUCCUAUUCCUCCCUUCCUAGUAGUCAUGACGACUGCUUGCGGAUGACACGGCAGGAUGUCAGCCCUUUCGGACCUCACCCUCACCUCCUGGUCAGCAGCCUGUCCCGUGCACUCGGGGUGGGCCGAGCUUUGAGCCGACUGCUGAGACUGGCUGGAGAGGUGGUGAAUGCAACAGAGAAGGCAACGUUGUCCAGAGAGUGUGGGCGGGGCUUAGUGAGGAUGCAAUACUGUUCACAUUGCAGAGGGAUGACACUGAUACGGCCCUGUACUGGACUGUGUGUUAACGUUAUGAGAGGAUGUUUGGUGGGUGUAUCAGAACUUGGCGAGCCCUGGGGGAGUCUGGUGGUAUUGCUCCAACGAUUAGCCGCCACCUUAGCAACCAGCAGCAACCACAACAGCAUGGAGCUAGCUCUGUUAGCUGUCCGAAACCAAGUGAAUGAUGCCAUACUGCACGCUCAGCUGCACGGGCCACGCAUCACAGCUACAGUGGAGAAGGUGUGUGGUCCACAGGCAGCUGGUCCCACAGUGACAAGAAAAAGUCUGACCACCCUGCAAACCACAACCUCUGUGACCCCAGUGAAAUCAGAAACCUCAGUGAGGUCAUCCUUAAAUUCAUCCUCUUCGCUGGACAAUGUUGCCCAUCAUCGGCAGAAGCCUCAGUCCCGCAGGUCAUUCCCUCUUAAAGGCUCCAAAGGAGACAAGAGUCGCAGCCUGAAAAAACUUUCUAGGGAGUUUCAGGGCUCUGUCCAGCGGUACCAGUGGUUUUUCUCAGAGCUACCAGAGAUGCUUUGUGAAAGCGAGAUGGAGGUUGAGCAGCACACAUGCUGGAGCGGCCAAGACGUCGUAGAGAGCUAUGCAGGUCGUGUGGUUGGCAGCAGCUUAAAGGCCCAGAGGGAGAACCCAGAGAUGACAGUCCGUAAUACAGAUCCUGUCCUGAAGGGGGCGAAACAGAAGCUGGAGGAGCUAACACAGGAGCUGUUAGUGGAGCUUGGUUGGGCGAGCAAAUCCAGAGGAAGGGGGGAGGAAGAGGAGGGAGGGAGUGCGCAGACAGAGGGAGGCAGCGGAGACGACUGUGAUGAUGAAGAUGGCUGUGAAGCAUCUGGUGAGGGGAAUGGUGGUUCAUCCAGUGGCCCUAGUCCAAGGACGAAGGACGUGGCUCCUCUCCUCCUCGUCGCCCCAUCCCUCCUCAUCAGCUCUCCCCUCCACAGGUUGCUGUUCGAGGCUCUGCUCAGACGUUGGUGGUCCAACCCUUACCUUUGACCUUGGUGACCCUGUUGUUUCUGCUGCUGUCGCCAUGGGAACCACGCUGACCUUCAGUGGACGGAUCCCUUUUGGGAUAGAGACAGAAAGAUGACCACGUGCUGCAUGUUUUGUGAUGUUAUUCAGCAAUGUGGAGUUUCUGUAAGCACAGUUCAUCCACUCUGAUUGUUUUUUUGGUUUUUUUUUUUUCGUUUGUUCAAGUCCAGGCUGCUCUGUUGUGGAGACAAGCUGCUGAUUUGUCACAGCUAUGAAUGCGCAGUAUGUAUUUUUGUAUUACCUGUACUGACCUCUACAUUUGUCUUUUUCUAUUUAACUUCAGUAGAAUAGAUUGCACAGCACUACUGACUUUUUACCAAGAGGGAUGUAAAUACAUAUACAGGCAGGUGAAAAAUUAAAAUACAAAACCUGAUGGGAGUGGUUUCUUCCAGGGUGAGAAUGCCUCCAUCUGAAGGGUGCAAAGGUUCACUGAACGUGUUC